AUGUCUGAAGUCACUCCAGGAACUUACCGAGUGACCAUAUACGCCGACGGAGUAUUCGGUUGGUUCAUUCAAGACGAUGUCAAGAUCUCACGAUCACACAACAGUAAGGGUUUUACCUGGCGCGAGGAGAGCGCAGGUAAGGAGAUUUGGCGGAUCGGUGUACCAGACAAAUCAUCUGGGGAAUAUCUUCAUGGGUACGCACCUGAUACAUCCAAGCCUCUUCAGCCGGAACAAUAUCGAAUCUACUGGGACAAGUAUGAUUAUCCAAAGGAGUUUCCAAAGGGAGUCAACUUCCACGUGGGUGAAAGCGACGAAGCAAAGGAUCUCAACUACGUUCAUUGGUCAUUUUUCCCAGCAAAGGGCAAUCAUCUACUUUCGGAGCCGUAUUACGACAACGUGAACAACUGGACUAUCACGUUUGAUUUGAACAAGAAUCAGCCGCGAGCUAGAACUGCCACAUUCACAGUGCAGGUCGCAGGCAUGCGAAGCGCCAAUGGAAACGCAAAGUGGACUCCCGUGAAGGGCGGGAUCAACGACUUGCCGUGGACCGUGAACGUCAACGGGGCUUACGAAUCAACCUGGCUGAUUCCUUAUUGGCAGAGCGGUUCUUGUGCUGUGCGAAGUGCUGUUGCAUGCCAGAAUGUGGAACACAAGUUUGUGUUCCCGUCCUCGAAGCUUCGAGCAGGGAAGAACGAGUUUGUUUUGAGCCUGCCUUUCAAUGCUUCAAGCGUUGAGACGGCAAUGUUGCCUGACUCGCUAUACGUUCAGUAUGAUGCUUUGAGACUGGAACUCAAGUAG